AUGAUAGAAUUGUUGUUCUUAUUCUUUCUCUUUUAUUGUUACAGUGAAAAGAUUGACCUUAAAAAAAAUAAGCUUGAUGUAGUCAAAGAUAAAUUAAAUAAUGUUGUUGAUAGUACGACUGCCUACUUGUUAUUAAAUAAUGACAAAAUGAUUGGUUCGUAUGGAAGAAAAAAAGUAAUUAAUGGAAAAGUUAUUCAUCUAACAACAGAAGAAGAAAUUCAAGGAUGGAAAAAUUCAAACGACCAUAACGGCAUUUUAGUUGUCCCAGACCAUUUCCUUGAUAAUGUUCACUUAAAUUUAUUUGAACAAUUAAAAAUUCAAGGAGUAGUAUUUUAUGAUUCUAAUUCCACUCAUUACGUUUCACAAGACUAUAGAUCUUCCUUUAAUCCAAAUGCAUCAGAAAUUGCGUGGAAGAAAUACAGUUAUCCUAUAAUGUUUACUCAAACAAGUGUCGUAUAUUUUACUCAAAAUAAUGGGUAUUUACAAAUUGAAGAUGAAAUGUUUGCGGAUGGUGAUUCAGAAGUAUGUUUGAGAAGAGGAAUGUGCCAGCCAAUUGGUGGUCAAUCAUUAGUUGGUCGACUUAUAGAAAAUCAUCUCUCUGAAUCAAUACUAUUAUCUGCACAACUUGAUGGUGUUAGUAUUUUUAGGGAUGCAACACCAGCCCAUGAACAAAUUGUUUCAGGAGAAGUUACACUUCUUUCAGUAUUAGAGACAUUGAGACCAUUAAUGAAAGGAGCAAAGAAAGGAAUAGACUUUGGAUUUUUUGAAGGAGAGACAUUUGGUAAUAUGGGAUCAAAAAGAUUUGCUUCAAGUAAUGAUAGUUAUUCUCAUAUUAUUCAUUUUGGUCCACUUGGUAUGACUGAAGGAAGGUUAUUUGUUUAUAGUAAAGAUCAAGUACCUCAAGACAUUCACAAGAGAAUAAUCAAUAAAACAAAUGAAUAUCCUCAUUGUGCUUUAAACUCGUUUAAAAAUGGUAUUAAAAUGUAUGUUAGUGAUCAUGAAGAGUUAUAUAAAGGAAAUAUUGGUACGCAUCAAGACUACCUUCCAUAUAUCACUGAGUUAUGUGAUAAUAUUGAAAGUAUUACUCAAGUAAUUCUUCAAAUUAUUUUUAAUAGAAGUGAUAUCGAAACUCUUCAGACAGAAUUAGGGAUUCAAUAUGACUGUGAAAAGUAUCAUCGUUUAUAUCAUUGUUUAGCUUAUGACUUAAGUUGUGAUUAUUUUAAUGAAACUAUUGGCAUCAUUCAAGGAGGUUCUAAUUCAUAUUCUUCAAUAUAUAGAGAAACAAGAAUAACACCAAGAAGUAAAGCAAUUCAUGAUUAUUUAAACAGAAUUGUUACAAUGGGAAUAUGUAAAGAAAACUGUGAUACUUCAGUUAAAAAUGGAACAGUUACUUAUUUAGGUAGUUACGGAUCAGACAUUGAUAUAUCAAAAAAUAAGGUUAUUGGGUCUUCUGGAGAUGCUUGGACUGAAUCUAAUUGGAAUCAAAUCAAAUUAUCAUUUUACCAACCAAGAACUUUUAGUGAUAUUAUUUUAAUAACACUAGGAGUUGGAUUAACUUUAAUGACUAUUAUUGCAUUCUUUACUGUGAUAUUUAAAUUAAACCUUCUUUAA